UGUCAUCUCCUCAAUUAAUUAUCAUCCUCUCAAUUACAUCUGUGUUCUUCCUCUGCUUCACACCUCACUUCCGAUUUUACAUUUUUUGCUGCAAAAGAUCUGAUGGGUGGUUAUGGGAGGUGGAGGUUCUCGUUUCAUAGAUCGCCUUCGUCUAAACUCGGCAAGAAAGAUCCUCCCACGGAAUAUCUUUGCCCCAUUUUGGGGGGAUUAAUGUUCGAUCCCGUCGUCGUUUCCUCCGGCCAAACCUUCGAGCGCACUUCUGUUCAGGUCUGCAAAGAUUUGGCUUUUCAACCCCAGCUUUCCGACGGUGCCACCCCUGAUUUCACCGCCGUGAUUCCUAAUUUGGCUCUCAGGACUGCGAUUCUUAGCUGGUGCGACAAGUCCGGCGCCGAGAAACCCAAGCAGCCGGAUUAUUACGCCAUCGAGUCCACUGUUCGAUCCAUGAUGGUUGGUUCGGGUCGUAGUCAAGAAGAUUCGAGAUUUCGGGUUUCGGAAAAGGAAUUGCUUAGACAGGUUGCAGAUCAUCCUCCGGUCUUGCAUUCUCACGCCGCCACGGAGUUGAAUCCCAGGAAUAAUCACAAUUUUUACUCUUCCUCCAGCUCAGAAGAGUCAGUGAUUGCCAGCGGCUCUCCUUUACUGCCCUUUACUACUCGACCGGUUUGCUUUUCCACUCCCUCGUCCCAAUCGAAUUCGUCGGAGAUCAUUUCCGACGAAACUCCGUCUUCUGCUUCUACGUCGUCGUCCGAGGAUGAAUAUUAUGUGGUGCAGUUUAAGAAAUUGGAUGUCUUUGACCAGGAGCAAGCUGUGAUCGAGCUGAGAAAGAUGACUAGGGCUAACGAGGAAGCUAGAGUCUCGCUUUGCUCUUCGCGGCUUUUAGCGGCACUGAAGCCGCUGAUAGUGUCCAAGUACGCCGGAAUUCAGGCGAACGCCGCCGCCGCAUUGGUCAACCUCUCUCUCGCGAAAGUCAAUAAGGUGAAGAUCGUUAGGGCUGGGAUUGUUCCCUUGUUGAUUGAUGUUCUGAAGGGCGGGUUCGAUGAGUCGCAGGAGCACGCCGCCGGCGCGAUUUUCAGUUUGGCGCUCGAGGACGACAACAAGACGGCUAUUGGUGUCUUGGGUUCGUUGCCGCCGCUUCUGCACGCACUCAGGGCGGGGACUGAGCGGACUCGCCACGACUCGGCGCUCGCGCUUUAUCAUUUAACUUUGGUGCAGAGCAACCGGGCGAAGCUGAUUAAGCUCGGAGCCGCCAGUGCGCUGCUUGGGAUGAUGAAGAGCGGAGACUUGGCGGGAAGAGUGGUGCUGGUAGUGUGUAAUUUGGCGGUUUGCGCGGAGGGGAAGACGGCUUUGCUGGACGGUCACGCGGUGGAGGUGGUGGUGGAGAUGCUAAGGGACCCGGAGUUGGACGAGUCGACUCGAGAGAAUUGCGUGGCGGCUCUCUACUCACUGAGUCAAGGGAGUUUGAGGUUCAAGGGGUUGGCGAAGGAGGCAAAGGCGGCGGAGGUUUUGCAAGUGAUAAUGGAGAGAGGAAGCGAGCGGGCAAAGGAGAAGGCUAAGAGGUUGCUGGUGGCGCUGAGAGGCCGGGACGACGACGACGGCGGUGGCGAGGAUGUGGAUUGGGAAGACGUGUUGGAAGGUGGGCUGAGUCGGACUCGGUACCGAGUUGGGAAUAGUCUGCUUAGUCCUAACUCAACCGAGUUCUAAGUCAAGUGAGAAGAAUUGGUAAAGGUGUAUUUUAGUGAUUUUUUUUUUUUUUUUUGGUGUUUGGUCAAAUUUUGACUCUUUUUUUUUUUUUUUUUUUUUUUUUUUUUUUCUGUUCAAGUAUUUGAUGGGAAUUAUUUGCACAGGGACUGUUAUUUGUUGUGUAAAUAGAUUAGGUUUAUGAAUGAAAAUGGGAUCUUCAGGACUGAUUUAUUGUAGUUUUCAUGA